GGAAGUGUCUGCAACGAGGUCAAAGGUUAAGCCGUUGUCUUGACCGGAUGUAAUAAAAGGGGGAGCUGGAAGCGAAGAGGGAAUGAAAGGUUCACCCAAGUGGGCAGUGACGUAUGGGGACUGAAAAUGAAUCUCUUCCUCUGGAAAAUGCUUCUAUUCUAUCUGAAAGCUCCUCACAAGAGGGUCAUCGACUCUGGAUCGGCAAUCUUGAUUCCAGGUUGACUGAAUACAACCUUCUAAAGCUACUCCAGAAAUUUGGAAAAGUGAAGCAAUUUGACUUCCUUUUUCACAAAUCGGGUCCACUUGAGGGGCAACCUAGGGGCUACUGCUUUGUCAACUUCGAGACAAAAGAGGAAGCUGAACGAGCCAUUCAGUGUUUAAAUGGCAAGCUUGCUCUCUCUAAGAAACUGGUAGUGCGUUGGGCUCAUGCGCAAGUGAAGAGGUAUGAUCAAUAUAAAAAUGACAAGAUUCUGCCAAUAAGUCUCGAGCCUUCUUCGAGCACUGAGCCAGUGCAGUCCAAUCUGAGCAUUAGUGCAAAAAUAAAAGCAAUCGAAACCAAGCUUAAAAUGAUGGCUGAAAACCCAGAUGCUGAAUAUACAGGGCCCCCGGCUUACGCGUACAAUAAGCCCACAGACAAAGCACCAGGCAACAAAUCACGAACUGCUCCCUAUUCUAGAGUUGUUCGGAAAUCCAAGCAAUGACUGAUACCAUGAGUACUUCAGAUUCUUUAUCAGAUUUCUUUGAUAUUCAGUGGAACUGUAAAAUCUAAUGAUUACUGCGCAGUGACUUGAUAUGAUAUAAUUUAUUUUUCUAAGAAAACAUUUAAAAUUUAAGCUGUUAGUCUUUAAAGCAUAUGGUUCAAAUGUAUGCCAGCAGGGUAAUUAGCAGUGUUGAGCUCUUCAACCUUUCAUCCUAGAAAGCUGAUUUCUAAUCUAGGUGUCAAUUUUGGCCACACUAGUUAAAACUGUGACCAUAACUUUCAGUGUGACUGAAAUAAGGCUGUUACUUGAGUAAUGGCUCUCAACAAUUUUGUGGAGCAAGGAUGUUUUGCUGUGGUUUAUCAUGUAAAUUGCAUCCAUAAUCUUGCAGUUCUCUUUUGAACUAAGGUUUGCUGGCAAAACCCCUAGAUCACACAGUGACAUUUCACUUUAUUUCUUUGCAAAUUUAGAAUCCAAAUGCAAAUGUAGUUGCAGAUUUGAUGGCAAUAUACACCAUGGAAAGUCUAAUAAUGAUAUAAAAGUUUUUAUACUGAAUGUGUAUUUUCAUUGAAUUGAGUGUUCAAUCAUACGGUAAUAGUUGUAAAAUAAAAUGUUCUGGCUAUUCUUUCCAUGAUAGAACAAAAUUGACUUAUGUAGCAGUGCUAAACAUUUGAGUGCCAGGUCAAGUUUGCCACCUUGAAGUGGUCAUAUUGAGCUUUCUUUUAAAUGCAGAUGAGUAAUGAUCCAGAUUACAGAAAUGGUAAAAUAUCAUGAAACUAAAUGUCACUAAAUAAAACUUCUCAUGAUACUUGGCUAAGGUAAGCCAGGAGCUGUGGUAUUGUGCAACUGAUCUUUUUAAUUAUUUGUGAAUGGGACAUGCGUGUCACUGGCUUGGUGAGCAUUUAUUGCACAUCAUAUUUAUUGUCAAUGGCUGUGCCGUGGGUCUGGAGGCACAUGUAGGCCACACUAAAGGACAUUGAACCACGUGAGUUUUUAAGACCACUGACAGUUAUAUUGUCGCUAUUUGGCUAGGUUUUCAUUCCAUACUUCAUUGAAUUCAACUUCUGCUUUGUGUCAUGAUGGGAUUUCAAUGCAUGACAUUAGACUGGAUUGCCAGUCUAGUGACACCACUACACUGCCUGACCCGAAUCAUGAUGGAUCAAACAUAGUCUUUACAACUAAAGCAACUCUAUUUUCCCUGACCCUGUAGACCAUCGCACUUUUUGACUCAUUAUUCAUAAUCUCACCGACUGGGAUUGGCAGGUAUAGCAUGAGUAAAUCAUCACUGAAGAAUAACUGAAAAAUAGUUUGCAUUUUUUAAUAAGACUUAUUUGUAUUUUUAAAAGUGUCUGUAACUUUCUAGUGAAGACAUUGAUUUGGCAUAUGCUUGCUGAGGACAAAUUGUUAGUGAGUAUGGGUUUUGGGGAUUGUGAUAUGCAUUGCCUGCUGCAUGUAACAAGAGGUUUACCAUUCUCUGAACUCAUCAUUCCCAUGACUGGGAGACAGUAAAACAAUUUUGAUCAUUUAUAGGAAAAUAUUUGCCACGCAGUAACCUGCACAUGUCACAGUCAUGUACUGUAAUGUGUGAAUGUGGAUUUGUAAAUAUUUACAGAAAUUGAUAGGAUUACUCCAAGCAGCCUUGGAGUUAAAUUAGUUAAUAUUAUGGGGUUGAAGUGCAGAUUUUGUUUUAAUUAGCCAGAUGACACUGAGCACUAUGACCCAGCUUUUUGAAGAGUGACUCUUAUUUUUAGCCAAGCCACUAACUCGAUCUCAGGAACUGACUGGCUUUUUCUCAUGUAAACUACCCAAAGUGGUGAGAGUGCUUCCUUUUUUGUUUGCGCAAUACUUAGUAUACAACCCAGGCCCAAAGUGACUGGAUAUUCCUAAUCACAGUGGGUUGAGUCCUAUAACUUGGAGAAGGGGCCAAUUCUUAACCCUGGUUUUUACUUGUACGUUGAAGACUCAUCCUGGAACAAAUCAUGGUUUGAAUUAGAAAUUGUAUAUAUUUUAUGACUGAAUCCCUUUUAAAAGACAUUGUACGUGUGUAAAAUGGAAAAAUAUUAAUGUCACUCCUUGUGUAAAAUUUAUUGUUUACGACUUGUAAUGAAACUUCUUUGCUAAACAUAUUAAACUUGCAGUUCCUCAACAUUGAAGAAUGGAUGGAAUCUAUUGGUUGUUUUACUUUUCUAGAUUGUCUGGUAUAGCCAGUUUCCAUAAUUGUAAAGCCUGUUAUAUCUUUUGGAAACUAUUAAAAAUGAAUAUUUAAAACUGGUCGGUUUAAUUAUAUUUGUCUGCAAAUCUGAUCAACAUUGAUUUACUACAACAUCACUUUCCAAUAAACAAAGUCUGGUAUGUGAAAGAUGGCAUUAAAUCAUUGCAGCUCUUCUACUGUGAUAUCGUUGCUGUAUUAGUGAUUCAGGCUUACAUUUCUGUUGAAAAUGUUAAAUUGUAUGUACACUUUAAGAGAAAUAAUGUACUUGUGUGACAAAGGUGUUUACUGUUGUACUUAUCUGCUGCUACCCGUAUGGUUUACAUUACCAACAGUCCAUUAAAUUCAUUCCAUUCAGGAAAAUAA